AUGUCCCUAGCUAUGUCUCUCAUCCUACUCGCCGCGAUGUUCUCCACCCUUCCCACCACCCACGCCGACACAGGCUUCAUCUACCACACAUGCGAGAAGACCAAAAACACCACCAUGUGUGUGGCCGUGCUGCGCGACGACCCGGAGAGCGCCAAGACCUCCACCGCGCACGACCUCGCCAGCAUCGCGCUGCAGAUCGCCCUCAACACCGCCGACCACAACGGCGCGGUCAUCGGAGACCUGGCCAAGAAGAGCCAGGGUACGCCCCAGGGAGACGCACUGGCCGUCUACCAUAAGGCCUAUGUCGGUGCCGCCAUGGACCUCGACAUCUUCGGCCGCAACGACUUCGACGGCGGGGACUACGCUGGCACGUCCAACAGCUUGUCGGUCGCAAAGGGCGCCAGCGAUGCGUGCGAGAACGCGUUCGAGGGGAUCGGCAAAAUCCCCCCCCCCCCGUUACCGCCAUUGAUAUCAUGA